AUGUCUACAGAAUCUCCUACCCCGCUUGUUCGCGUUGCCAUCGACCGCGGAGGGACUUUCACAGAUAUUUAUGCUGAAAUCGACCGACCCGAUCCAGACAAACCGGACAGUACACUUUCUGAACAUCAUGUCCUAAAGUUGCUUUCGGUCGACCCUGCUAAUUACCCCGAUGCUCCCACAGAAGCCAUCCGAAGAGUGCUACAGCUUGCCACGAAAGCAAGAAUUUCCCGACAUGAACCCCUCAACAGCUCUCACAUCCAAUGGAUUCGCAUGGGCACGACUGUCGCGACAAACGCUUUGCUUGAACGCGAAGGGGAAGCAUGUGCUCUGGUCACAUCAGAGGGUCUACAAGAUAUGCUCGCCAUUGGUAAUCAAGCCCGUCCCAACAUUUUUGAUCUUAAAGUGACCAAGAUGCCCGUCCUCUACAAAUGUACCGUCGGUGCCGAGGAACGCGUCAGAAUGAUACACUCGGCAAAUCACACUCACUUUGGAAAGGGUAUUCAACCGUCUUUGAAAAUACACAAACCACUCAAUGUGGAAAAGCUAACUAAAGAUCUAAAAAGGGUCAGGGAACAAGGCAUUUCUUCCCUCGCCGUCGCUUUAAUGCAUUCGUACGCCUUUAAGGACCACGAACAACACGUUAAGGAAAUAGCGACAAACCUUGGAUUUUCUCAUAUAUCUCUUUCAAGCGAGCUAACUCCAAUGGUCAAAAUUGUUCCGCGUGGUUUCACAGCCACCGUCGAUGCGUACCUCACACCAAAAAUUCGUGGUUACAUUGCUACAUUUAAAGCUGGUUUUCAGAAUCAACUUGGCGGGGUUGAUGUUCAGUUCAUGCAAAGCGAUGGCGGUUUGUGUAACAUAGAUUCUUUCAGUGGCUACGUCGCUAUUUUGUCAGGGCCCGCCGGCGGCGUCGUGGGUUAUGCCAAAGCAUGCUACGGGUACGAAAGAAACACCCCAGAGGUCGGUCUCGCCGCACCUCCGAUGCCUGUCAUCGGCUUUGACAUGGGGGGCACAUCAACUGACGUCUCGCGCUAUGCAGGUCGACUAGAACAUGUGUUUGAAACUGAAACGGCAGGAGUCACCAUCCAGGCACCUCAGCUAGACAUUAACACUGUAGCCGCUGGUGGUGGUUCAAGACUGUUCUAUCGAAGCGGGAUGUUUUACGUGGGUCCAGAAUCUGCAGGAGCUCAUCCUGGUCCAGUUUGCUAUCGAAAGGGUGGGCACUUGACCGUCACGGACGCUAACUUGAUUUUAGGCCGCAUCGUCCCAGACUUGUUCCCAAAGAUAUUUGGAAAGAACGCUGAUCAACCGUUGGAUGUACAAGCGACGCAAUUGGCUUUUGACAAACUCACGGCAACCAUUAAUGCUGAUCUUCGGCAGCAGAAUGAACCAGAGUUGUCCCGGGAGCAAGUAGCCGAAGGCUUCAUCAAGGUAGCGAACGAGGCUAUGUGUCGUCCUAUCCGACAACUGACAGAGGCAAAAGGCCAUGAUGUGCGAGAUCAUACUCUUGCUUGCUUCGGUGGCGCAGGGGGCCAACAUGCAUGUGCAGUUGCUCGCUCACUCGGCAUCAAAACUGUCUUUGUGCACAAGUAUUCCGGAAUAUUGUCCGCCUAUGGUAUCGCCUUGGCUGAGAGCGUUGUCGAAGUGCAAGAGCCCACAGACAUCCUGUACGCAAAUCUUUCGUCCCGUGCCGAAGCGUUCGCACUCCUGCAUAAGUUGAAGGAGGAAGCAUGUGCCACGUUAACGGGUAGAAAGAUACAACCAGAGUCGAUACGUUUCGAACUGUACCUGAACCUGCGCUACGAGGGAACUGACUUUGGGAUAAUGGUGCAGUGUCCAGAGAAUAUGAGUGAUAGGGUAUCAGAGGUUGAGUUUGACAGCUUGUUCUUGGAUGAAUAUACAAGAGAACAUGGGUUCAACAUUCCUGGCAGAAAAAUUGUCGUCGACGACGCCCGGGUCCGAGCUAUUGGAUCUUCUGUAGCAUCUAAGUCCUCGGAAUCGAAGUCAGAAUAUGCAGUCACAGUAGCUAGCCUUGAAGUAGAUGAAGAAGAAAACGUCAAACCGAGGGCUGAAACAGCAGAACCUGUCCAGCUAACAAAAUGCUUCUUUUCCGAAGACGGCGGAUGGUUGGAAACUCCUGUAUGGCGCAGCAAAGAACUACCUAGAGGUCGGGCAGUGCUUUGUGGUCCCUGUCUUAUCGUAGAUACGGAUGCCGGGAUAACGAUCGUGGUGGAUCCGGGCUGCGCAGCUCGAGUGGGAAGCGAUGGUAAUGUGGUUAUAAAUCUGCUACGAAAGACGUCAGGAAGCGGUGCAAUUCAAGCCAACACGACCGCAGGUGGCGUUGAUCACAUUCAGCUUUCAAUCUUCUCCCAUCGCUUUAUGGGGAUUGCUGAACAAAUGGGCCGUACAUUGCAAAGAACGUCUAUAUCAACAAACAUUAAGGAGAGACUUGACUUUUCGUGUGCACUGUUUGACGAUACAGGAGGGUUAGUUGCGAAUGCUCCACACGUCCCUGUUCAUUUAGGAGCCAUGCAAGACGCGGUUCGCUAUCAAAUUCGAACCUUGGGCACUGCUUGGAAGGAGGGCGAAGUUCUUCUCAGCAACCAUCCAAGUGCGGGUGGGACUCAUCUUCCUGACAUCACUAUCAUCACUCCAGUGUACUACGAAGACCAGAUUGUCUUUUUCGUUGCUUCUCGAGGGCAUCACGCAGAUAUUGGGGGGGCGACCCCUGGGUCCAUGCCCCCUUUCAGCCGGAAGCUUGAAGAAGAAGGUCUCGCGGUGAAAUCGAUGAAGCUGGUAAGGAACGGCUUGUUCCAAGAAUCCGAGAUUGUGAAGCGUUUGGAGGAAGCGGGCUGUCGCUGUGUGAGAGACGUCCUGUCAGACCUUCGAGCACAAGUUGCAGCCAACAAGAAGGGAAUUUCACUAGUGACAGAGUUAAUCAAUGAGCAAGGCUUAACAAAAGUUGUAUCUUACAUGCAUCAUAUUCAAGAAGCUGCAGCCCACGCAGUUCACCUGAUGUUAAAAGAGAUCAGCCGAGAGAAUGGGCUUGCAGGGAAAGAGCCACUCCAAUUCAUGGACCACAUGGAUGACGGCACUGAAAUCAAGCUCGCCGUUUCGAUUGAUGAAGAGAACGGCACUGCAUCUUUUGACUUCCGUGGAUCAGGACCUCAAGUAGACGGCAACACAAACGCACCAAGAGCAAUCACAUCGUCUGCUAUUAUCUACGCGCUUCGGUGUAUGGUCGAUCAAGACAUACCACUGAACCAAGGCUGCUUGGAUCCCAUCACUAUGAAAAUUCCAGAAAGCUCGAUUCUUUCUCCAAGUCCAACAGCUGCGGUCGUAGGUGGCAACGUGCUGACCUCUCAAAGACUUACAGAUGUCAUUCUGGGGGCUUUCAAGGCUUGUGCCGCAUCACAAGGAUGUAUGAACAACCUUACGUUCGGGGAUGAAACAAUGGGGUAUUACGAGACAAUUGGUGGCGGUUGUGGUGCAGGCUCGAGCUGGAACGGUACGUCUGGUGUGCAAUGUCACAUGACCAAUACAAGAAUCACAGAUCCCGAAAUAUUAGAGCGGCGCUACCCGGCCGUGUUGAGGGAGUUUUCGAUUCGAAAGGGAUCUGGUGGAGAUGGGAAGUAUCAGGGUGGGGACGGACUGAUUCGCGCUAUUGAAUUCACAAAGCCGAUGACCGUCUCCGUGUUGACAGAACGUAGAAAUUAUGCUCCAUGGGGAAUGGCUGGUGGCCGUGACGGAGCAAUGGGUAUCAACGAGCUGAUUCAUCCAGACGGCGCCCGCAAGGUGUUAGGGGGUAAAAAUAGUGUACAUGUUGAUAGUGGGGAUAUCGUGCAGAUUAGUACUCCUGGCGGAGGGGGAUAUGGCGAAUCGCAUUAG